CUUUAGAUUUGGACAUGGCUCGAGAGCCCAGGCCCGGUCCUGCCCGGUCAAGCCAGAAGAGGCAGCUGGGAACCGCCAUCUUCUGCAGCAGCAGUAACUACAACCUGAACUUUGAGCUGCACAGAGAAGAAGUCCCCUACAGAAUGAAUGAAUACCAGAGGAUCCCUCCACUCAUCAGCCAGAUGCCUUCCAAGAUGAGAAGGACCCAUUUGGGCAUGGGAGUCAAGAACAGUUGCAGCCCCUACAAAGUUUCCAGGAAUAACCACCUGUCCCCCAGGCAGAUAAAGCCAGUCAGGACUGAGGAGCUGCGCUCCAUCAGAGGGGAGCUGAGCCAGAUCAAAACUCAAGUGGACAGCCUGUUGGAGAGUCUGGAACAUAUGGACCAACAGAGAGACCAUCCUGCAGGGACAAAGGACAGUGAAGAUCACAGGAACCCUGGUAGUGAGGGGUCCUCAUGCAGAACUCCGGAGCCCCAGCAGGAGCCCAGGGACCAGAGGUUCCAUCUGGAGGCAGACAGCUCCGAGGAAAGCACAGACACCCAGCAGGCAACGAAGAAUCAAGCACCCUACCAAGAGGGAAGCCAGUAGGUGGGAACCCUUCCAGGCUCAUCAGUUUCAUGCACCUUCUUGGGUGGCUCCCUUCCUUGCCUGUUUUUCCAAAGGCCUCCUAGGUGCAUCCAGGCAACCUGAGGCACCCAUUCUGAGUAAUGGAAGAAGAGGCACAGGUCAGGCAGGCCAGCUGAGUCUCCCCAUAGUGGUGGGUUUAGCUUUGGAGAGGGUUUUCAGAUGAGCUCCUGGUCAGCCCAGCAGUAGCUCACCAUUCUUAUGAAGGUGAGGCUGUCUGGGAGGAGGCAGUUGAUAGGGUACUGUAGGGAGCAGCAUCAGGGCUCCCUGGAUGCAGAUAUGGCUCAGGUGCCACCUCCCCAUGAGCCACAAAUCACAGUACUAUGGAGCACAUGCAGCAGCCAGCCCAGCUUUCUCCAGCAAGUGUUGAAAACACAUGUGUGCCUCCAGUCUGACACUAAAUAGUAAGACCCUGUGUGUGCCCCACCUAACCCCUUUUAGUUCCAGACUCCCCAUCUACUCUAUAAAGCCAUGCUUCAGAAUAGGGGUAUAAUUUUUGUGUCCAGCUUCAUAGUUUCUUGCUAGUAUGACACCACAUAUUUCAGGUUUGCCUCACAAAAUGUAUUACAUCAGAAGGGAAGCAUUAAAAUUUGUAUAUCUC